AUCAGGCAAUCCAGUCUUUCCCCACGGUGUCAGGCCACGAAUCAGGGACCUGCGAGCAUCCGCGCCCACCCCCAUUUCCUCCCGCCGCUCCUCUCUCCACGCCGUCGCCCGCCAUGGCCCUCGAAGCAGAGACGCAGGCGAUCGUCGACCAGUUCGAGUUCUCGGACGACGAUGUCAACAGAGCGGUUAAGGAGUUCCUUCGUCAGAUGGAUGAGGGUCUGAGGAAGGAUGGAACCAGCUUGAGCCAGAUUCCCACGUACGUGACCGCAGUACCCAAUGGUUCCGAGAAGGGUCUCUACAUGGCCGUCGACCUCGGUGGCACAAACUUCCGCGUCUGCUCAAUUCAGCUUCUGGGGAACAAUUCCUUUAGACACACCUACAACAAGGUUGCCAUCCCCAAACACCUCAUGGUUGCCAAGACGGCGCAGGAGCUGUUCGCAUUCCUGGCAUUGGAGAUCAAGAAGUUCCUUCAGGAGCACCACAACGAGGACUUUGAGCACCACAUUAGACGCCGGAUGACAGUGAGCGCCCCAGAAGGCUUCAGGGACGAGCACAUCUUCCGCAUGGGCUUCACCUUCAGCUUCCCGGUAAAGCAGGUUGGGAUAAACAAGGGCACCCUCAUAAGAUGGACCAAGGGCUUUGACAUUCCGGAUGCCGUCGGCAAGGACGUCUGCGCUCUCCUGCAGGAGGAGAUUGACAAGCUCCAUCUGCCGGUGAAGGUGGCCGCGCUCGUCAACGACACGGUCGGAACGCUCAUGGCGCGCUCGUACACCUCUCCCAACAAGCACGGCUCGAUUCUGGGUGCCAUUUUCGGCACCGGUACCAAUGGUGCCUAUAUCGAGAAGCUGUCAAAUCUGAAGAAGGGCCUCGCUGGCGAGUAUGACGAUACGACGGGCCACAUGGUUAUCAACACAGAGUGGGGAUCGUUCGACAACCAGCUUAAUGUCUUGCCCACCACGAAAUGGGACGAUGCUUUGGAGAAGGGCAGCAUCAAUCCUGGCUACCAGAUGUAUGAGAAACGUGUCUCGGGAAUGUUUUUGGGAGAGAUUCUGCGCUUGGUCACUCUCGAGCUCCACAACAACCCCAACGUUUCGUUCUUCAAGGACGAGAACUCCAGCUUCAACGAUAGGGGUUCGGUUACCGUCAUCGACAGAGAUUCGCCGCUCUACAAGCCGUGGGGUGUCGACACGUCCAUCAUGUCGACUGCGGAGGCGGACCACGACCCCGAGCUUUCGGCCCUCCGCCAGUCGCUAGAGAAGGACCUGAAGAUCUACGCCCCGGCGUACGAAGACGCCCUGGCGUUCAAGCGGAUCUCGCAUGCCAUUGGUCGCCGUGCCGCCCGUCUCGCUGCCGUCGCCAUUGCCGCCGUCGUUAUCCAGACCGGCAAGCUGGACGACCCGGAGCUCCUGGGCGAGGAGAUCGACAUUGGCGUCGACGGCAGCCUCGUAGAGCAUUACCCGGGUUUCCGCUCCAUGAUCACCGAGGCUCUAAAGAUCACCGAGGGCAUCGGAGAGAGCGCGAACCGCAUCAAGAUUGGCCUUACCCAGGACGGGUCCGGCGUUGGCGCUGCCCUCAUCGCGUCGGUUGCUGCCAGCAUGGAGAAGAACACCAGCAACGUGGAUUACAUCGGCGAACUGCGCUCGACUGUCAAGGCGGAACCUUCUGCCGUGGACGAGAAAGCCGCUUCCGACUAGGAGUCCUGGGUGUGGCCUGCUCCUACCAUACUUUUGCAAAAGCGACUAGGCAGAUGCUGUGAUCUCAUGUGAUGGGAGAGCCUCAGCGCACUUUACAAGGCCAUAUCUAGUUAUGUUAUCUAGUGUGGCAGUCAAGCAGUUGCUCCUCCUGGGGCU